AGUCUAGACGUCGCCCCCCCUGAGCGACUCGUCGACUCAUCGACUCGAAAACAUUGGAACCACCUCUCGCAGUCCAACAAUGGAGGGCCUCCUCGACAAGCCCCUGAACCCGAACAAGCUUCUUAAGGAGCAAUUCGUGAGCAACCUGACGGGGUCGUCCCUGCUGGAGAUCGCGGCGCUCUCCACUAUCGUGCCGGCAGUGGUGGUUUUAAGGAAAUGGAGCAGCAGAGAUAAUAUUAGGAGGGAUUCAGUGAAGAAAAAUGAUGAUGCUCUUGCUGGUCAUAAAGAUGGAGUGUAUUACUUUUCAGCGUUGGUUAUAGAUUUUCUCACUGUUGUAUUGCCUAUACUUCUGAUUUUCACGAUCUUAGCUGAAUGGGCUUAUAUUUGUGCAAUUUCUCUUGUAGCUGUGAUAUCUAUCUACAUCUUGUUUAAAAGGUCUCAGUCUCAUCUCAAGGCUCAACAGCAUCUGCCUUCUCUUAGGGCAGACAUAUCUUCUUACCGAGUGUCAGUGGUUUUAGUGACAUGCGUGUCCAUAUUGGCAGUGGAUUUCAAAAUCUUUCCUAGACGGUAUGCAAAGGCUGAAACAUAUGGUAGUGGCAUUAUGGAUCUCGGAGUAGGGUCUUUUGUAGUGGCUAAUGCACUAGUGUCUAGACAAGCACGAAACAUAACCUCAUUGAGAUGGAAGGCAGCACUGAAGUCCAUAAGUCCUCUAGUAUUUCUUGGCUUUGCUCGUCUUAUCUCUACAUCAGGUGUUGAUUAUCAGGUACAUGUAGGAGAAUAUGGUGUCCAUUGGAACUUCUUUUUCACCCUUGCAGCAGUUUCUAUCCUUACAUCCAUUAUCAGGAUUCAUCCUAAAUAUUGCGGGAUAGUUGGUAUGCUUGUUCUUGCAGGAUACCAGGUAUGGCUAAAUUUUGGGUUGAAUAAGUAUCUCACAUCUGAUGAGAGAAGUGGUGAUAUCAUUGGCCAGAAUAAGGAAGGCGUGUAUAGCAUAUUUGGAUACUGGGGUAUGUACCUGAUUGGUGUAUCUCUGGGUUACUUUUUGUUUCAUGACCUUAGUUCAAAAGGAAAGAUUAGGAGCACUCAAGUGGUAAAAGUAUGGGUUCUCGCAGCAUCAUUUUGGAUUUUGGCAAUCAUUCUUGACAGCUAUGUUGAAAGAGUCUCUCGACGAAUGUGCAACUUCGCAUAUGUUAUGCUUGUGUUUGGCCAGAAUUUUCAGGUUAUAUCUAUUCUCACACUAGCGGGGUCCAUUUCACAUGACAAGAAUUUGGUUCUUGAGGAAGCAUUCAAUCAAAAUAUGCUUGGGGUAUUCAUUGUGGCAAAUAUCCUAACUGGUCUAGUAAAUCUCUCAGUUGACACGCUUUCGGCCUCUCCCCUCGCUGCCUUCAUGAUUUUGGUAGCAUACACCUUUACUUUGUGCAUGCUUGCUGGUCUUGCUCAGUUUUCUGGUGUUAGGAUAAAAUUUUGGUGAAUAUGGAUUUUGUGUGGUACUGUACUUUGUAUGUAUGGAGUAUUUAAUCUUGAUUUUGAGGAAGACACGUUUGUGUAUUGAAACCGAGCCCUUAGAGCUCAUAUGUGGUCAAUUACCAAAGCCCUACCCAUUGCAGGUGGUAUAUGAAUCGAGGUGAGUGUUGUUUAUUCACACAGUACUCGUGAGAUCCAAUCUAAUAAAGAGAAUAAUCCUUAAAUGUUCCACUUUGUUGCAAAUUGAGCAAACCCAUCACUAAACUUCCUACUGUGUUAUUGUUCACUCGAGGUCCAAAUGGCCCUGAGUCAAGAUAAGCCGCAAAUCGGUUGUUGAUCAGGACUAGGUGGGGGGCCUGUCCAGGGCCUAGAUAUUGGCAUUGGCUUUUUUACGAACGGCCUGGAUAUCUCUUUGUUCCAAGUGGUUCAGAAGCCCUAUCUCACGCGUCGUAGCGUUGUAUGUGCUGCAGUCCCGACUUGUCUCCGUUCUUAGACCCCGUUUGAAAGUUGAAACAGAGGAAGAUAAUAGGAAUUUUGGAGAAUCGUAUUCCUACAGAAAAACAUAUUCAGCUGGUGCCGUUUGAAACAAAGGAAUGGCUCACCAAGGAUCCUAUGGAACAGGGCAAUGCAAAGGAAUUUUGGAGGAAAAGACGUCGUGUUUUCUCUCGAUGUGUCUGUAGAAUCGUAACCAUAGAAUAUGACCCUAAUCGAAAUGCAUACAUUUGUCUCAUACACUAUGGGGAUGGUGAGAAGAGAUAUAUUUUACAUCCCAGAGGGGCUAUA